AUGACGAUACCUCGCAUCACAUCUUACAUUAACAAUGUACACCCGUCGAAUAAAGCGGUAUACAAGGCGAUUGAAAGCUUGAUCGGCUCCGCCAUUGCCCCCUGGAAUGAUAUGCUUAUCCAAGGAAGGCAAGGACGAAUACCGAUUCGAAUUCGCACAUACAACUACGUGGCAGAGAACAAAGAGAAGCCUAGCUGGCUCGGUCGCAUCAGGAAGCGGAAACCGGGCGACCGAAGCCCAAAUGCAGUCAGCGACGAGGAAUGGGACCAACUUUGUUCCCAAGUCAGGGAAUACCUUUCUCUUCCUGACUAUCCCAUGGAAUGCCGAUUUUUUCAGGAGCCAGAUUAUGACCUUCUUGCCAGUAUGACUCCGGAGGAUUGGGGAUCUCCAGAGAAAGUAAUUCACCUCGUACUCGAGAAGUGGAGUCGGCGAUAUGUUUUCCAAUAUCCAGAACCAGGCAUUUCAUUUACCUACUCUGACUGGAAAGCUGGACGCAAUACUGGUCGAGCCAUCCUGCCGAAAUAUGACAACUUGUCCUCAGAUCAUGCACUUCCUCAAGACCCAGACCAUCAGUACUACUCUAUCUCAUUACAGGAGAGGUUUCACACCGAAGGUCUCCAGAUUGCCGUGCGGGUGACAAGUAUUGACCUCAUGCUUGAUCACCCGACUUACUCUGGCGACCGGGAAUUCCAUGUUGCUGGUAUUCUCAAUGAGCACAUCGUCGCCAGCGCCGUUUAUUACUACGAUGUACAGAACAUCGAUGGUGCUAAAAUCUCCUUUGAACAGGAGACAGUCAUUGAUAAUCGGUCAUUCAAUGUCGAUAAUGAGAAUUUCAUCAACCAUGUCUGGAAUAUCCCGGAAUGCGAUAUUCCCGAGGAUGACGAGAUCUGGCAACUUCCACGGGCACUGCAGACUCUGGGUGCUAUCAAAAUCUCAUCUGGUCAGUUUCUGGCAUGGCCGAAUACUCUGAGAUACAAAGCUGAACCAUUCAACCUGGAUAAUCCAUCUUGCCCGGGACACUUACGUUUUGUUACUCUAUGGUUGGUGGACCCCAUUAUCGUAUUUGUUCCACACGAAACGUUCCUCCACGACGAGGCGACUGGGUUGCAUCCCCUUCCGGGGCCUCAAAUGAGAUUGGAGAGGGACAAUGUAUGA